UUCUAUUUAAAGCAUGGGGUAGGUUGCUUUAACAUGCGAAAAGAUAAGAGGAUUUACAUGUUAGCGUAUAGGCCCUACAUGUGUUAAUUUGUGGAAACAAACCCUCAUUUUAUACGCUAAUAUUCACCACGAAUAGAUAGGAAGGGGCCAGAAAGGAAAUUUUGGAAGGAAACAACAAAGACACCGGUGGAAUUUUGAGUCUCAUAUAUCGUGCAGUUUUUUUCAAUCCGAGAUACUUUGUGAAUGUUGGCCGUGUACGAGUAGGACCCUGUCAGUAGCCUACUAGCAUCUCGUGUGAUUAGGAAAGUAGAACUUGAGUGGCCGGAAAAGACCAGAACCGUUGAAUCAUCAUACUCCAUAUCACACAAAAUGGGGCUGUUUGAGAUAUCAUCCGGGUUCUUUGGUAUGGUACUGGAGAACGUGUACCAGAAUUCAUCAGAGAAAAUGUUAUCGACGUUUAAUCGUCUCGGAAGUGACAUGCACAGAGUGGCAUUCGUGUCAAAUAUGAAACAUUACCAAAAUGAGACCAACGAUAUGGUAAAGGAAAACUAUAAGGGGAAGUUCUCAAAACUGGCAGAAGAGGCCAGAGUGAAAGGCAAUAAAUUUUUCGGAAAGAGGGAGUAUGAUAGUGCCCUAAGGAAGUAUACUGACAGUGUUCUUUUUGCCCCUGUUGAGGAAAAUAAUAAUCAGCUUGCCCUCGCCCUUGCGAACAGAUCAGCCGCCUUGUACCAUUUGGGCAGACUGAAGGAAUGCCUAACUGACUGCGAAGCAGCGUUUAAACACGGCUACCCAGGUGACAUGCAUUACAAACUUCAUGACAGGAUGGGGAAAUGUUAUACACGUUUAGAGAAUCGAGAACAAUCCACAAACUGUUUCAAACGGGCAAAAUCUACGUUGAAUGAUGCUCACCUGGACAACAAAAAACAUCAAACCUGGACAGAAGACAUUGAGAGACAAUUGAAGAAAUGUGACCAUAUGCCGUUGGACACUCCGAAAGAUAAAAAUGAUACUGCCGAUUCAACAUCUGAACUUACCUACGGAAAGAAUCCACGCUAUUCCCGGGCAUCGUCUGCUGUUGAUAUUCGUUACACCCCCGGUAGAGGGCGCUUCGCAGUUGCUAAUAGGGAUAUUGAAAUUGGGGACACUUUGAUCGCGGAGCUUCCGUUUGCGUCAGUCAUGCUACCUGACUUCCUGGCUACACACUGCUACUGCUGUUACAAAAGGAUUAAACUUGCGUACCCAUGUAGACAAUGCAGUGGUGUCAGGUAUUGCAGCGAGGAAUGUAGUGAAAAAUCCUGGAAUUCUGGUCACAAAUUCGAGUGCAAGUUCACUGAUUUGAUAAUCGAUUCGGGAGUUAUUGUGCCAGGUCUACUCCCUCUGCGUCUUGUGACGUGCAUGGGUUUGAAAAAACUACUAGCGUUCCGAGACACGCUCUCAGAACAAGGCGAGGACUCUGGUGUAAACGCCGGUUGUAAUAAAGACGGUGAUUACUUGAAUAAUUAUUGGGCUGUUUAUAAUAUGGUGACCAACACUGAAUUGAGAGAACCAAAGGAGUUGAUUCAGCUUUCCAUGGUUGCCGUCUUCAUGCUGCAAAUUCUCCAAAAAUCCGGAUUCUUCGUCCAAGAUGGUAUAUCAUGCGCUGGGGAGGACAUUGCCUACGUCGGGGGUUUAAUAUUGAGACAUAUGCAACAGGCGCUGUGUAAUGCUCAUGAAAUUUGCGAGAUGUUGCUUGAAGAUGACUUUCGCCAUUCGAAAUUCUUAACGCUCGGCAUCGGUAUGUAUGUUACAUCUAGCCUGCUCAACCACUCCUGUAACCCGUCUGUGGAUCGUAACUUUGUAGGUGGGGACAGGGCCGUUUGUAGAGCAAUUACAAAUAUUAAAAAAGGCGAGGAGAUAACUGACGAAUACGGUGCUUUGUUCUUUUUACAAACGAAAGAACAACGACAAGCUGUCCUCCGGCCACAGUACUUCUUCGAUUGUAAAUGUGAGGCUUGUGUGAACAAUUGGCCUCUUCACGAGGACCUUUUGAACAAACUCCCUGUGGUCAGGUGUGAGAUGUGUGGCUCUGCGCUACAAGUACAAAACAAGGAGGGGCUUGAAAAAACGGAAUGCCCGAAAUGUUGUCACGUGACCAAUGCUCAGGAAAAGCUGGAUCUGUUAAUGGAGUCGCAUACGAAGUAUAUCGAGGCCAUGAAAUCAGCCAUAAAUGGAGACACCGAUGGAGCAUUACCAACAUUUGAGAAACAUCUAUCCCUGUUGUGUGACACAUUAUGCCAGCCAUGGUCUGAUUACAACAACUGCCAGGCUGCUCUGAAGCAGGCCUAUAGAAUCUCCGGCAACUGUAUACGAAAAAGAGAUCUCUAAUGCGAUGAGGAACAACAUCGAUAUUCUAACACUUAAAAUCGUUCGUAAUUAUAACCUGGCCUUAAAUCAGAUCCUGUGUUCGACCAUGUGAUUUAUCAAAAAUAAGAAAUUAAAGACCGGGAGCUUGUCUAUCACAUUUCCUCUAAUCGUGAAUGACGGGCUUAUAUUUCUUCUUAUGUGCAAUAACUGGUUUGUAAGCUUAUACAUUUGACAUUUACAUGAACCGUCUUAAGUGUGUUGUUGAUUGAGCAUCAGUUCAUCAUCACCUAUUUAAUGAGUCUUUUAAAUCAAACUGUGAUGAGACGAGUGAGUUUUGAUUAUUUUAUGAAAAACAACAUACAUCUAUCUUUGAACGGGCGUAUGGUUAUCCCAAUGGGUGCGAAUCUAUGAAGUGUUGCGGAAAUAUGAAUGGAAUUCAUUUUGUGUGCUACUUAGUAAUAAAAAUGCUGUGAAAUGGUCCUGUUUGCUCCAAAUGAAAACAAUGAUUACAAUAUAGCCCCCAAGAGUGCUAUAAUAAUAGGUAUGGUCCAAGAAAAAGUGAUUCAAAAGCAUGACUGAAAAGCAUUGUUCAAUGGAAUAAAUUGUGUUCUCAAAUACUGACAGAAAAAUAAAUGUGAGGCCUGUUUGGGCUACAAUAUCAAUCAUAAUGAAACACGAUAUUGUGCCUAUGAUGCAUAAGAUAAGAUAUAGAAUGAUUGUGACAUUAGAUACAACAAUGAACAACUAGCGCUGUCCAUAAAAAUAAAAUGAUUAAUUAACCUCGAUGUGUACUGUAAUAGAGGACGCGUGAAUACUGAGAGACUUGUUGAAAAGGAAAUAUGAAAUGUUUUUCUCGAAGAAUAGAUUAGGGUCUUGUAUUAUCUGUCAUUGAUAUUAAGUUAUACUGUCUCCUUGUGUGCCAUCAACAACAACGAAUCUGUACCUAAGAUAUCAAUCUGCAUGAUUAACGUUUUGUCAUUAUAUGAAUCGAGAUGAAAGCAUAGGCUCAUAGUGUGUGAGUGGAAAACAUUUCAAUUCGAAUGAAACAAACAUUUCAAAAGCUGUGUUAUAAGACGCAGUGGGACCAGUUAAAUGUCGAUGGACAGAUGGACAGUGAUGUUCAAAGAGAGUUUACUGUGUGCAAUUUUUCCGAAUUAUAACCAAUUGUACUUGCAUGAUUUUGCCUUUUGUUAACAUGAGUGUUUUGAAAAAAACAAUAAAAGUA